CUGCCUGCCGCGGGACGCACUAGCGGCCAAUCGAUAGCUGCGAUAAGAAAGAUAGAGAACUUCUCGAUCUCCCAUUUUUGCUGCUUUUGGCCGGAGCAGGAAAAUUGGAAGGCGAUCCCGGUUCAGCAAACCAAGUGCAGUCGAACACGCUGCGCGACCCUCUCACUCGUUCAUCGUAGCCAUGGGGAAGAACAAGAACGCCGUGCUGUCGGCUUCUUCCAAGAAGAUCGACCCUGCUCUCGACGCCCUUUUCUCAACGAGCUCAGGGCCGGUGCAGGCCCCGCCGAAGUCGCGAUAUUCCGAGUUAGCUGCCUCAAAAGCCAGACACGAGGCAGAAAUUGAGAACGAGGAGGAAGACGAUGAAGAGCUUUCAGAGCUCUCAAGUGGCGACGAGGACGGUGCGGGUCUGUCUGAUGCCAGCGACGAGGAUCAGGCCGCGGCGGAAGGUACAGAUGGCAACGAAUUGAGCGAUGCUUCUGCGCCGGGGGCAAGCGAUGACGAUGAGCGUGAAAUCGCGGCCCAAAUCCUCGCCGAGGCGCAGGCACACGAGCGCAAGCAAAAAAAGAAGCGGAAGCACGACGAAUUCCAUGACUUGGAAAGCAAAUACUUCGACAAGCUCGGCGACGAUGAGCCGCCUGCCAGCAAGAAGAGGAAGUCUGAAGCCGAGCCUGGAGCUUCCAAGACCAAAGACGCCGAGGACGAGUCGGACAGCGACAUACCCGUACACGAAUCUCUUACUCAGAAAAAGGAGGUUGAUGAGAUCGAGAAGGCUGCACGAACUGUUUUCCUCUCGAAUGUCUCCAUCGAGGCAGCUAGCUCCAAGAAGGCGAAGAAAAUCCUCACGGGGCACCUGUCUUCGUUCCUCGACAAAACCACCUCGCCGCCUCAGAAGCUGGAGUCGCUCCGGUUCCGAUCCCUCCCAUUUUCGACAGGAUCGAUGCCGAAGCGUGCGGCUUUUGCUACCAAGAGCCUCAUGGAAGCCACCACGCAGUCUGUCAAUGCAUACGUAGUGUACAGCAGCGCAGAGGUUGCCCGCGCAGCCUGCAAAAAGCUCAACGGCACGGUUGUGCUAGACAGGCACCUGCGAGUGGACAGUGUUGCGCAUCCUGCUCCUGUUGAUCACCGGCGCUGUGUCUUCGUGGGAAACCUUGGUUUCGUGGAUGAUGAGACAGUGCUCAACGUCAAAGUGGAUGAAGAGGGCAAGGAGCAAACCGAAAAGCGCAAGCGGACCAAGGUGCCCAUGGACGUCGAGGAAGGUCUCUGGCGAAAAUUUGGCGAGCACGCUGGAAAAGUUGAGAGUGUGCGUGUUAUCAGGGACGACAAGACGAGAGUCGGAAAGGGAAUCGCCUAUGUGCAAUUCUAUGACGGGAACUCGGUGGAGUCCGCUCUCCUCCUGAACGGCAAGAAGUUCCCGCCCAUGCUGCCACGAGAGCUGCGUGUGAGCCGUUGCAAGGCGCCUCACAAGACAGCCAGGGCCAUGGAGAAGAAGAACGCAGAUAGAGGCGCCGCACUUGCAGCAAGCGGAAAGGGCAACAAGGGCACGAAGUAUGUGCCAAAGCUGACCGCAGAGGAGCAGAGCAUGGCCGGCCGGGCGAGCAAGCUACUUGGUCGUUCCGCCGCUGCACAGGCUCGCAAAUCGAAGACAGGUGGGAAGCCGCGUGAUCGGGCGAUCAGACGGGCGAAGAUGUUUGGCAAGGAUACGAAAGAUGGGGCGGGCGCGGGCGCGGGCGCGGGCGUUGGCGCCGCUGGGUUCAAGAAGCCGGAGGACUUCGUGUUUGAGGGACGGCGCGCAAGCUCCCGCGACGCCAAACCAAAGGAUCUGAAGCAGAAGAUUGGGAAGAAGAAGGGCGGUGCCAAGCCGAAGAAGAAGUCGUCGAGGUGAAGGGGGCAGUAAUUGCUGGUGCAUCCUCGGGGUGACUCCAUAUUUGUUGGUAGCUGGCAGCCUGGAAGCCUGGAAGCUUGGAAGGCUUCCCGGCUACUCAGAACGUACGGCAAUUCCAAGAACCGUGCAUACACAUUACAUAAGUGUGAUCGCAGUUUCGGUAAUAGACGAACAACCACAACCG